GAAAUCUUGACGUGGGGAGCUGAUAGUCGGAGUUCUAGGGACUCAGCUGCUUUUCUCAGGCUAAUCUUAACAAGACGCGUUAAGCCUGCUGGGGAGCGGGGAGACUUAGAAGAGCAGGACCGUGGGGGCAGGGAGAAAGGGAGUGGCCGCGUUCCCGCGGUCUGCUGGGAUUCGGCGGGUCGAGGAUGAAGGAGAUGGGGCUGGAGUAGACGGAGUGGCAGGGCGGUGCACGGUCGCAGUCUGCCGCCACUUGGGUGCGGAAUCCGAGCUGGACUUGCAAAGCACCCCCUCCCCCUCCGCUUCUCCCUCCCUCUCCUUAGAGCAUCAGCAGCGGCGGCGGCGGCGACAGUCGCAGAAAACCGAGACCCGUGGAGCGCCUGGAGGCAAGUGGAGGAGCUGGGAUAUGGGGUGUCAUCGGGGGCGGCAGGGCCCGGAGCCCUUGAGAACGCCUGGGAAGGGAGCGGCCUCGGGCGUUUGUAGCGCGUGAGCCGUGAAGAGCCGCGAGGGCGGAGGCGGGGCCCGGCGAGGAGCAGGCUCACCAAGCUGCUGCCUCCCGCCCAGCCCCGGCUGCCUCCGCCAGGGCCGGCGGCUAUGGAGCAGGCGGGCACCAGACCUGGGGCGACAGAGCAUCCGCGACCCCGGCGGCCCUUGCCCUGGCUGCUGUAUCUGUCUUUCCGGCUGCUGCUGGUGCUGCUGCCAGGCCCAGCGGCCUCCCAGCUACGAUACUCGGUGCCGGAGGAGCAGAGACCGGGCGCGCUGGUGGGCAACGUGGCCAGAGCCUUGGGGCUGGAACUGCGGCGCUUGGGACCCGGCUGCCUGCGCAUCAACCAUCUGGGUGCACCCAGCCCGCGCUACCUGGAGCUGGACUUGACGAACGGAGCGCUCUUCGUCAACGAGCGCAUCGAUCGCGAGGCACUGUGCGAGCAGCGGCCUCGUUGCCUGCUCAGCUUGGAAGUGCUGGCGCACAACCCGGUGGCAGUGAGCGCGAUCCAGGUGGAGAUAUUGGACAUCAAUGAUAACUCGCCGCGCUUUCCGCGGCCGGACUACCAGCUUCAGGUAAGCGAAUCCGUGGCACCUGGAGCGCGGUUUCACAUAGAGAGCGCACAGGACCCCGACGUCGGCGCCAACUCAGUGCAGACCUACGAGCUCAGCCCCAGCGAGCACUUUGAGCUGGACCUUAAACCCCUGCAGGAGAAUAGCAAGGUGCUGGAGCUCGUGCUGCGGAAGGGCCUAGACCGCGAGCAGACCGCCUUGCACCACUUGGUUCUCACUGCGGUGGACGGGGGCAUUCCAGCUCGCUCAGGCACGGCUCAGAUCACCGUUCGAGUCCUGGACACUAAUGACAAUUCUCCUGCCUUUGACCAAUCCACUUACCGCGUUCAACUGCGGGAGGACGCUCCCCCAGGCACGUUGGUAGUGAAGUUGAAUGCUUCGGACCCGGAUGAGGGUUCGAAUGGUGAACUCAGGUACUCCCUGAGCAGCUACACAUCAGACAGGGAGAGACAACUCUUCAGCAUCGAUGCCACUACAGGGGAAGUGAGAGUAAGUGGAACUCUGGAUUAUGAGGAGUCUUCCUCCUACCAGAUCUACGUGCAAGCGACUGACCGGGGACCAGUGCCCAUGGCGGGUCACUGCAAGGUGUUGGUGGACAUUAUGGAUGUUAAUGAUAAUGCUCCAGAGGUGGUGCUCACAGACUUAUACAGCCCAGUGCCUGAGGAUGUUGCUCUCAACACUGUUGUGGCCCUUCUCAGUGUGAAUGACCAAGAUUCAGGCUCCAACCGGAAAGUGAGUCUGGGUCUGGAGGCUUCCCUGCCUUUCCGGCUGAAUGGCUUUGGAAACUCCUAUACACUAGUGGUGAGUGGCCCACUGGAUCGGGAGCGGGUAGCUGCCUACAACAUCACAGUGACAGCCACUGACGGGGGAAUACCACCACUCACAUCUCAAAGGACACUGCAGGUUGAGGUCUCUGACAUCAACGACAACCCCCCAAGCUUCCUGAAGGACUCCUAUUCCGUCUACAUCCAGGAAAACAAUCUGCCGGGUGUGUUGCUUUGCACAGUGCAAGCCACAGACCCAGAUCAAAAGGAGAAUGCAGAGGUGACUUACUCACUCCUAGACAGGGAGAUUCAAGGGCUGCCGGUCACCUCCUACGUCUCCAUUAACAGUGCCAGUGGUAGCCUUUAUGCUCUCAAUUCCUUUGACUAUGAGAAAUUUCGAGAGUUUUUUGUGACUGUGGAGGCCCAGGACAAGGGGAGGCCACCACUGAGCAGCACUGUGACCAAUGUGUAUGUGGUGGACAUGAAUGACCACGCCCCUCAUAUUCUAUACCCUACCUCAACUAAUUCAUCAGCAGCCAUUGAGAUGGUGCCUCGGACCGCCCCUGCUGGCUACCUGGUCACCAAAGUCAUAGCCAUGGAUUCAGACUCCGGGCAGAAUGCUUGGCUCUUUUACCAUUUAGUCCCAACUUCUGACUCGGACCUCUUUAAAGUAGAGCUUCACACAGGAGAGAUCAGGAUUACCAGAAAGAUUGGAGAUGAGAGUGGUACCACUUUCAACCUGACUGUGGUGGUGCGUGACAAUGGGGAGCCACCUCUAUCAGCCACUGUGGCCAUCACAGUAGCUGUGGUGGACAGGGUUUCUAAAAUGCUCCCCGACACUCAGAGACAUACAAAGAGUGCUCGGACAUACUCUGAAAUCACACUUUACCUGAUAAUCGCAUUAAGCACAGUGUCUUUUAUAUUUCUCUUGACAAUCAUCAUUUUGAGCAUCAUCAAGUGCUACCGCUACACUGCUUACGGCACAGCAUGCUGUGGAGGCUUCUGUGGAGUGAGGGAGCGGAGCCCUGCGGAACUGUACAAACAGGCCAAUAACAAUAUUGAUGCCAGGUUACCGCAUGGCCUCAAAGUACAGCCUCACUUCAUUGAGGUUCGAGGCAAUGGCUCCCUCACCAAGACCUACUGCUACAAGGCCUGCCUGACAGCAGGUUCAGGGAGUGACACUUUCAUGUUUUACAACACAGGGGCCCAGACAGGGCCAGGGCCAGGCCAGGGAGCCCAAGCCUCGGUGACUGACAACAGGCAUCUCACCGGCCAAAGUGGGCAGAGUGCCGGGAACCUGAUUAUCCUAAAAAAUGAGGCUGUCACUCAAAAUGAGGUGAGAUAG